AUGGCGUCAAACCUCGCGCAUUUUGCGGAGGGCGAAGACCCGCAGCAGAUGAGCUCUGAUACGGCAGCCCUGCAAGCCCAAGGCUGGGCCCUGGAUAAUGACGGGAUGGGAAUGACAAAAACGUUUCACUUUAAAAGUUACUUCAAAGCCGUGACAUUUGUCAAUCUUAUUGCGGCCGAGAGCUCGGCGAAGAAGCAUCACCCCACUAUGACCGUGCGAAUUGGUUCAGUUGAUGUCCACUGGACUACGCAUCGCCCGCGUGGCCUUACCCAUAAGGAUAUCGAUCUUGCUCGACACUGUGAUCAGGGUGCUGGAUUGAUGGGGGCAGUUGAAUCUGGUCAAGGCAUUAAAUGUGGACCGAAGAACUAA